CCAGCAGUGCCACCCGCAAGUUCCGCCCACCUGUGCCCAGCAGUGCGCCCACUAGCUCCGCCCACCUGUGCCCAGCAGAUCACCCACCUGUGCCCAGCAGUGCACCCACCUCAGUGCCACCCACCUGUGUCCACCAGUGCCACCCACCUGUGCCCACCCACCAGUGCUGCCCACCAGUGCCACCCACCAGUGCAGCCCAGCAGUGCUGCCAGUCAGUGCCACCAGUCAGUGCCCAGGGGUUGUGCCAGUCAGUGCCACCAGUCAGUGCCCAGCAGUGAUGCCAGUCAGUGCCGUCUAUCAGUACCCAUCAUCAGUGUCACCUAUCAGUGCCGCCUAUCAGUG